UUUUCUUGAUUCACUGCAUUUGUCUCUGUUAACGUUCAAGUGUUGUCUUCAACAUUGGGGACAAUAUACGUCCCUGUUUUCGGCGCAUAUGACGCAUGGAAUCCGGGAUAUCAUUUACAUCUGAACGUUAGUACAACAGGUGUACUAUAGGCAGCGAAACCGGUGGACCGAAAUUUUUUCCGUGUACGCCUUGCCCUGUGUGCUCUGCUCCCUUCCAUUUGCGUUGUACAGUCAAGUAUCCCAACGCCUCAAACGGCGGAUUCAAGAAGUGUUGUAGCACACAAUCACCAUGUCCCUCACCUACUGAUGACAUCUCAAGUUUAUACGCUCCGUCAUGAGAGGGGAACUACAAGAUUUUAUGGCACACAUAAAUGGCAAUAUACAAGGCUUUUCUACGAAAAUCACUAACAUGGACUUAAACUUAAACACAAUCAACGAAAGAGUUGAAAGAUGCAUCAGCAGCACUGCAGAAACAGCUGAUCGCGUUACAUCACUAGAACUAAAAUUUCAAGAAUUAUCAACUGUCAACAAUGUUGCUAAUUUUCCAAUCGACUCCUGCCUUAGUGAAGUGGAAGACCGUUUAUUAAGACAUUCGCGAUUUAUUCCUGAAAUUGAGAAAACAAUCGCAACUACCUCCAACUAUAGUCCAAAUCUCACUUGCUCCCGACCGCACAAAACAACAACAAAGCAACUAUCAACGAAUAAAAAAGGAAUUCCAAACCCGUCUUCAGAAUGGCGAAACAAACAUAUAUCAUAGUCAACAAGUGACUCAUCAAAAACAUACAUCAAUAAAAAUUUAUUAUCAAAAUGUCCGUGGUUUAAAUUCUAAACAACUAUUAGUUAAUUGUUACCAAGACAUUUUAUUGU